AUGGGAGUCUGCUCAAUUACCCCUGCUGAACUUAAGGGAGCGGCUGAAGGUCUCGAGCUUGCCUGGCAUAAGGGAUGCAGGAAGGUUGAACUGAACCUGGACUCCUCUAGUGCAGUGGCUCUCAUCAAAAAUAGGAAGGAUACCAACCAUAUUUAUGGCUUGUUAGUCAAGCAUAUUGAUAGCAUUUUGGAUAGAGAGUGGGAUGUUAGGAUCUCACAUGUCUAUACAGAAAGCAAUUGUGCAGCCGAUUUUUUUGCUAAUAGGGGUCAUUUGUUUCCUUUUGGCACCCAUCUAUUAGAUGAGUGCGACCCGAACCUUUUGUAUUGGUUGUCCUACGAUACCAUGGAGACAACCAUGGAUUGUGAUAUUCCUAAUAUGAGUUAG